AUGCAGGUACUCGCCUCAACAGACGGCUCUGAGCCUAGAAUCGGCUGGGAAUACCAAACCGCCUGCAUUGACGUGCUCAAGAAAGAGCUCAAAGAUAAAAGCGAAACCUGCUUCAUCCACCUCGCCGCCAAGUUCGCCGUCGGUCGAAUCACCCUAGACGAGUAUCUCGACGGUGUACUUGCGCAUCUGAGAAAGUCGUCCCAGGCAAAGCACAAGUUUGAUGUCUUGUCUAUGGAGCUGUGGCCCGAGAAUGAUUUGUGGCCUCUGACUACUUCGGACAUUUUUGCGGGAUCUGUCAGGGCGUUGAUGUGGUCUCCUUCCUUCACUCCUUUCGAGGACAAAGAAUGGAAAUGUCUGCGAGCACUUGCUUCCCUAGCUUGGAACCUAGAUGACCCCGACGAAUUCCAGACACGCGCGCGCGAGGAGGGCCUGGAUCCAUCCUCUCUCUCACCCGAGGCUGCAGACCUCCUCCUGGUCAUCUGUUACUGCAGACGCCACGUCAAACUUCUCGAGCAUCUAGUCCACACGGUUCAACCCCCAGCAGAGUCCAGUUUUGACCGUCUCCCUUUCUACGCAAUCGAAGCGCGUACCGAGUCGUGGUCCAAUACAGCCCAACACUCUCCCAAGAGUCCCGAAAAUGUCGCCAUCGAGAUACAGAUCUGGACGCUCCUGUUGAACUCUCCCUGGAUUCAUGACCCUGACGAAAAUGUUGCAGCAGCAAUGACAUCGCUCGGCCAUACACGCGCUGGCAGCGAUCCCUGGGCCAUCGAGUACAUCUCUCCAGCCUUGGGUGAAUUCCACUCUAUCCUGGUUGCCAGAAAGUUCUUCCCAUCUCUGUCUCAAGUCGCGUCAUUCAUCCUAAACUGCCCAGAUGUCGAGAUCGGCCGUCGAUACUUCGAAAAGGUGCCUGGUAGCAUGAUUUCGAGCCACAGGUUCUUCUACCCUUCCCAUACAGGGGGCUUGCUUGUCCCAAUCAUCGAGUCCAAGACACUCAGUGACCAGCAUCGUCUCGACCUCGUACGACUGGUGCUAGAGGAGAUUCCAAGAUUGGACCUCGACGCCAGGAUCGACCGCCCCUGGGUCGCCGACAUGCGGAGCUUCGGAGCUCCUGGCGAUCCGUGGGAUUUCUUUAACCCACUCAUGGCAGCGGGUUGGCGUGGAGACAAGGAGAUGGCAGGGUUGCUUUUGGAGCACGGGGCUAAACCGGAGGACGCCACUACCAAGACUGCCAAGAAAAUGAACGCCUCUCCAGAACUCUUCGUCACUCUCCCUGCCAAGCGCAGAGUUCGCAUCUGCUACCAAACCUUUGGAGACCCAGAAGACUCGGCCGUCAUUCUCAUUGCGGGCCAUGCAGGGUCCAUGCUCGAUUGGUGUGAUGAACUCAUCCCUCUGUUCAGCCCCGAGGGCAGUCGACACUUUAUUAUCCGUUAUGACCAUCGCGAUACAGGACUAUCGACCGAGUUUCCUGUUCCUGGCGGGUACACCAUAUCUGAUAUGGCCGACGACGUCGAGGGUCUAGCUGAUCACCUCGGACUAAACACGAAGGGAUAUCACGUCGUCGGGGCCAGUAUGGGAGGGGGCAUCGCGACCCUGGUCGCCGCACGCAAACCCCAACAAGUCAGGAGCCUAACUUUGCUGUACACGUCCCCCGGCCCGAGCGAGGAACUACCCGUCAAAGAUGUGCUCAACCUCGGACUCCAGCCAACAAUCGCUGGCUUCGGAGACGGGAGGGAGACGCACAUCAGGAAUGGAAUCAUCCUUUACAACGGCCUCACAACUAAAACACCCUCACCAGGGGAGAGACAACAAUUCGAGGCUCGCAUCGCCCGUAUCGUGGAAAGAGACAUGCGCGGAGGCACGCUGUACAGCAAGAAUGCAAACCACGGCGCCGCAUCUUUCGGCCACUGGCCUGGAAUCAAGCCGCUCAACCAAAUCAAGUGUCCGGCUACCGUGAUUCAGGCUGCCAAUGAUCAGAUCUUUGGGGUGGAGCAUGGAGAGACUUUGGCGAGGGAGAUUGAAAAGGCUGAAUAUGUCUUGUUUGAGGAUGUUGGUCAUGAGUUGCCGUGGAGGAUCUGGAAGCCCUUAGCGGAGACGUUUUUGAAGACAUGGAAGAGAGGUGAUGAUGAAUGGGCAGAACGCAAGGAAUAG